CCUCACUUGCCGCCUGAGGAAGAAGAGGAGCAACCCUGAGGAUUUACUCAACUUCACCCCGACAUUAUUCGCACUCUCUCCCGCUUGUGUUACCGAUAUCUCGGCCGGUUGAAUCUCUCCGCGUCAUGAAGGAGAGAAGACUCGCGCAGCCGUGUGUCGCGCGCUGUAAGAUCGUGCUGGUCGGGGACGUCCAAUGCGGUAAAACAGCGAUGUUACAGGUUUUGGCCAAGGACUGCUACCCAGAGACUUACGUCCCCACAGUGUUUGAGAACUACACCGCCUGCAUGGAGCUUGAAGACCAGCGUGUGGAGCUCAGCCUCUGGGACACAUCAGGUUCUCCGUACUACGACAACGUCCGCCCCCUCUGCUACAGCGACUCGGAUGCGGUGCUCUUGUGCUUCGACAUCAGCCGACCGGACACCGUGGACAGCGUGCUGAAGAAGUGGAAAGUAGAGAUCCAGGACUUCUGUCCCGGCACACGGAUCCUACUCAUAGGCUGCAAGACGGACCUGCGCACGGACGUAUGCACUCGCAUGGAGCUGUCCAAUCAGAAGCAGGCUCCCGUCUCCCACGAGCAGGGUUUGUCCUUGGCCAAGCAGCUCGGAGCACAGGCCUACCUGGAGUGCUCGGCCUUCACGUCAGAGAAGAGCAUCCACAGCGUUUUCCGUACUGCGGCGAUGGCCUGCAUGAACAAACUCCAGCCGGCCAAUAAACCCAGCCCCGUCCGCCGCCUCUCAAAGAGACUCCUGCACCUGCCCAGCAAGACGGCGCUGCUCUCCUCCACCUUCAGCAAGGACAAGUCCAAGAGCUGCUCCGUCAUGUGAAUACCGCUGAGAUCGUGCUGCUGGGGGAGGGGGACAAGGGCGGGCAGCAAGGGGUCCAAGGAUAUGCAAGGGAAAGAAAGCAACCAUUUCUAGAGAGCAUCUCUCUCCUUUGCAGCAUCCUCCCCAAAGUCCCCGAACACCACUUCAAAAAAAAAGAAA